AUGAAAAAAGACUUAUUUAAUUUACAUAAUAUAACAAAUUAGUCAAUUAUACAUAAAUGGAAUAAUUUUUAUUUUACAUAUAAAUUGAUUUAAAAGGAUUCUAGAGACAAAUAUCUUGAUUUUGAAUGUGAAAAAUUCAUACCAAAUUAUUUUCUUGAUGUCUAAAAAAUAUAUAAAUCUUAUUGA